CUUUACUUAGUCUUGCGCUCUGAUCUCUUAGCACUGAGCUCAGUCGAUCUGAGUUUCAUAGAUUUCAACAUCAGAUUUACUCACUUGGUUCGUGUUUAUUUUUUAAAAUAUAAAUAUAGUAAUAAUUAUUAUUAUUGGUUCAAUGGAGAAGGCGGACCGGCCAUCAUGGGACUCUCCGACUCAGUUUGUGCUGGCAUGUGUUUCAUAUGCUGUUGGUUUGGGGAAUGUGUGGAGAUUUCCUUAUCUCUGCCAGAUGCAUGGAGGAGGAGGGUUUCUGAUCCCAUACAUCGUCAUGCUCUUCCUAGAGGGAAUUCCUCUUUUCUAUUUGGAGCUUGCUAUUGGACAGAAGAUGCGUUUAGGCAGCAUUGGCACAUUCACUUCCAUUAGUCCCUACCUAAGGGGAGUGGGCUUCACGAGUGUGGUCAUAUCUGUCUACCUGUGCUUGUAUUAUAAUGUAAUUAACGCCUGGAGCUUCUGGUAUCUUUUCCACUCCUUUCAGGCCAUGUUGCCAUGGGCUCAAUGUCCCCUGAACUCCAAUUAUACAGGAUAUUUAGAGGAGUGUGAAGUCGCCACUUCAACACAAUAUUUCUUCUUCCGUGAGACACUAAAUAUUUCAGCGUCCAUUGAUGAACACGGUGUUGGCAUUCACACAGGUGUGGCACUCUGCCUCCUGCUGGCCUGGAGCAUUACCUACCUCUUCAUCAUCCAAGGAGUAAAAUCUACUGGCAAAGUGGUGUAUUUCACUGCAACGUUUCCAUACCUGGUUUUGGUUGUGUAUCUGAUCCGUGGCGUCACUCUGCAUGGAGCGCUAAAUGGAGUGAAAUACAUGUUCACUCCAAAGCUGGAGCAGUUGGUGAACCCUCAAACGUGGAUUAAUGCAGCUACUCAGAUAUUCUUCUCUCUUGGUUUGGGUUUCGGUUCUCUAAUUGCUUUUGCCAGUUAUAACGACCACAAUAACAACUUUGAGCGUCAGACUCUUGUUGUCGCCCUCAUUAACAGCGGAACGUCAGUUUUUGCCAGCAUCAUCACCUUCUCUAUCUACGGCUUCAAAGCCACAUUCAACUAUGAGAGCUGCUUAGAGAGGAUGAGAAUUUUACUUCUAAACACAUUCAAUCUUGCUGAAGAUGCCAUAAAUAAAGAAAAUAUGAUGUCAUGGAUCAGUAUUUUAAAUCAUACAGAUCCUGAGAAGCUCGCACUCAUUCAACACAAAAUAGAAUCUUGCAGUCUGGAGGAUGAACUUGACACGGCUGUUGAAGGUACCGGCUUAGCAUUCAUCGUGUACAGUGAGGCAAUUAAAAACAUGCCGGUUUCUCAGCUCUGGUCUGUUCUCUACUUCUUGAUGUUGCUGGUGCUGGGGAUGGGAAGCAUGUUGGGAAACGUUACAGCCAUAAUAACACCACUGAGGGACCUCACAAUCCUUGCACAAAACUUCAACCAUGCCACACUCAAUGGUCUGGUGUGUCUUUUCUGUUUUCUGCUGGGUUUGGGUUUCACCACACGUUCGGGUAAUUACUGGUUUACGGUGUUUAAUGACUAUGGUGCAACAUUCCCUUUGCUUUUCAUUUUGCUGAUUGAAGUUCUCGCCAUUUCCUACGUCUAUGGACUGAAUAGGUUUGAGAAGGACAUUGAGGACAUGCUGGGUCAUCGGCCAAACUGGUACUGGAAGAUCAUGUGGAUUUUUGUGAGUCCAUUACUGCUGAUCAGCCUCUUCAUCUCCUACAUAAUAAAUUACGUCCAGGGAGGAGCCCCGACAUAUCAGGCAUGGGACAAAACCACAGGAAAAUCAGUGAAAAUGGAGUAUCCUGUUUAUGUUCAGAUCUUCAUUGGUCUUCUCAUUGUCUCAUCAGUAAGCUGCGUCCCCAUCGCAGCCAUUUAUGCAUUCUGUUUUAGAAAAAAACGGACAGUAAAAGCAUGUGAGGCUGUCAAUACUGUAUCAUGCACCAUAACACCAUAACAUACACCACAAUUACCACAGAUGUUCAUGUGACAUAUUGUAUAAGAAUCAGUAGUUAAAUGAGAAUUAAACUUAACAUUUAUUAUUUACAUUUAAACAGCAUAGUGAUAGACAGAAUAUACAUUAAAUAAAACUGCCCAUUUAAUGUUUUUUGAACGGUUAAAUACAUAAUUUACUUGUACAAUUACAGAUUUUUAUUAUAGUUGUAUAAUGUUGAAAGACUUUGUUCACGUGUGGAGUAUGUAGGGUAUCCAGUUAAAGAAACUCUACAUAUGUGCUAUGUGUAGUUAUAAUUAUUUAAUCUAAAAGGCUGUGAAUUAAAUUAUUUUCAUUUAACAUCUGUACAAUUUAGAUUUAUUUAUGGUUUGGUAUUUGAAAUGAUAUGAUUUUAAAAGUAUUCUGUGUAGAAAAACAGCAAUCUGGUGAAAAAUCCCAAACUUGCGUGUCUGUGUUCGGUGUUGAAUCUUAGAGAGUUAGGUGUCGUAUAUGCCAUUUUCUUUAUUUUUUUUAUAUACAGUCAAUGCAUAUUGUAUUUAUUUUCCUGUAUGUGUUCAGUUUCCAUGGAAUUAAAUGCAUUGGGAGUAAUGAAA